CGCCAGAGGCUUGCCUGCUGCCAUCGUCUAGUUGGCAACGGGCGUUUACGUAUCCGGAUAAACGCAGAAUCCUCCGGAUAUGAAAAUCGAAUCCAACCGGCUCAAACGUGGCAUUCUCCAAGAAGCCAUGGCGGUGCCAGACGACGUCAAGAAGGCGCAGAAGCGCAUUCACGACAAGAAGUACCGCGCUGUUAACAAGGAAAAGAUCGCGAUCCGGAAGAAGAAGUACGCUGCUGCCAACGCAGACAAAGAGCGGGCCCGAAAGAAAACGUACCACGCUGCCAACAAGGAGAAGAUUGCGGUCAAGGGCAAGACCUACUACGAGAAGAAUCGUGCGCAAGUGCUGGCGAAGAAGAAGGAAUACAAUCACAAGCACAAGAAAGUCAUCCUGGCCAAGUCCAAGUCGUGGCACUUGGCGAAUCGGGCGUUCAAAAACGCAUACGACCGAGCUUGUUACGCGCGAAAGAAGGCGAUUGCAGCCAACAAGGUUCCCCCGCCGCUGCCCAAGCUCGCCGACUUUCGAGCGCAACACGAAGCCUCUGGCAGCGUCGCUCCUGCAACGUCGACGGAUGCGGCCCCAGAGCUCACUGAAGAAGACCCGCACCCGUUGGCCGCGACCACCAAGAACUUCUUGGUGGCCAUGACGACCUUCUUGCCAAGAAGGUCGUCAUGGUCACCUUCACCAACGAGCAUCCUUUCAACAUGCGCAAGCGUGGACCCGAGCCGUGCUGCGACGAGUGCGCCAAGUUCCAGCCGAAUGCGCUGACUUCGGCCAGCAACACGGUGCUCUUGGCGGGCACGUACCAGUGUACGUUUUGCCGCGACUGGACGUACUACAAACUCCACCGCAAGCACAAGCGCACCCGCGCCGACGCCCGCCUCGACGCUCUCUCCGCCUGAGCUUUUCAUCUCGUUCUAUUUUGCCUAAUGAAGUGUGCUGAAGUUGUC